GUAAAAAUGAAUAAUUCAUAAACUGAUUUAUGAUUUAUUUAUACUCAAUUCCUGCCAAAUUGACUCUGGCACACAUGUAUAUGCCUAAUCAACCUACUGCAAUGUUCUCUGCCAGCUGCUUUUAAUGUUUUUUUUUGGUUAUUUUAAUCAUCAUAUAGUAAUUAGGUCUACAGUAGAAAGAUGCAUCUCAAAUGAAGGAGAAGAAGAAAUUCUGGCAUUGGUUAUGCCAUGUCAAAUCAGUGUACAUACGUAUAUACACGGAUAUGUAUAUCAUGUGGCAGGGGAUGUGGUACUAGGCCACCAGACCUGGCAACCCCGCUUUCAAUUAAGCACCUACACCUGAGCCGUAACAGUUAGCUCGACCGCUGCUGUGCUGGUGCAAGUUUUCACAAUAUACAAAACUCGUAUAAUAAACGACAAAAAAGUGACUGCUCCUCCGGUGAGAUGUCGGGAAACGGGUUAAUAUCCAGCAUCCGGAGGUUUAUAAACGCUGAUGAGCAUCCGAGGACGAACAACAGCCAACCUAGCCCAUUUGAACAUCUACGUCAGCAGAUGGAUGACCUCCUGGGAGAUGAAGGGAUCCUGAAAGAGGUGGUCCAGCCUGGAGUAGGCCCUCCUGUGCCCCAGAAUGCUUCAGUAUUAAUCCAUUACUCUGGUUUCUUGGAAUAUUCAGAUCAACCUUUUGAAAGCAACACAUACACUAAAUACCCGCAGAUGUUGAAAUUAGGGAGAGAUGUGACACUGGCAGGAUUGGAGCUGGGUCUGUACACCAUGAAGAAAGGGGAGUUCUGUCGCUUCCUUUUCCAGCCUCGAUAUGCCUUCGGGGAGAUGGGUUGUCCUCCGUUAAUUCCUGCUGCUGCCACGGUUCUGUAUGAGGUUCAACUCCUCGAUUUCUUCGACUCAGGACAAGUGGAUGAAUUUCUCACACUGAGCCCGGAGGAGCAGAACACUGUUCCUCUUUCCAGAUUUCUCGAUGUUGUCGGCACACUACGGAGCUUAGGCAACCGCUGCUUCAAGCAGAGCCGUUAUUACAAUGCCAAAGAUCGCUACAAACAGGCCAUGACACUGAUGGAGAGCAGGGCAUCACAGAGCCAGGCAGAGAAGGAGAGUAUCAAGACAGCUCUGCUUCCUCUCUACCUGAACCUUUCUCUCACUGAACUCCGUCUGGACAGCCCACAAAAAGCCCUGAAGUAUGGCAACAAGGCCUUAAAGAUUGACUCCAACAACACAAAGGCUCUUUUCCGCUGUGGACAGGCUUACCAGGAGCUGCAGGAGUACGAGAGCGCCCAGAGUUGCCUCAUAACUGCUCAAGCGAAGAGACCCUUUGACACUGACAUUAACAACCUCCUGAGGAAAGUGGCUUUAUGCUAUAAAGACAAUUUGGACAAGGAGAAAGACAUGUACUCCAAGAUGUGCAAAGAGCUGAGGGGGCAAUGAUGAUGUAAAUGCAAGAGAGAGAAAAGGUAAGAAAACCUGCUCAUUUAAACAUGUCAUGAACAUUGUGAAAUUAAAUGAAUGUACCACACAUGUAAUUUCAAAGAGUCUUGGUUUUAGACAAAGUUACUUGAUUUGGGGUGUUUGAAAUCCAACAUAAUGAUUCUCCUGCAUUAAACAUGACAUUAAUUGCUUAACUUUUACGGUCUAACAAUUUUAGAUAGUAAUUUAUCUUAUAAUAAAGUCCUUGUGGAUUGAGAAAGUUUUACCUAACUAAUAAAUUCACUGUGUUGCAGAUGACAAAGCUUCAGCUCAAGUGAAUCAAAAGUUACAUUUUCCAUCAUGUUUUUGAUUGUCAUGAAGGUUGUGUUGCACAGAUGUGUCAUUAAUUUACUUUAAAAUAGGUGUUUACCAUUCAUCAAAUGGUUGUUAACACUGUGCCCCAACAGUUAUUCUUUUGCAGAAUUGGCCUUUGUCACUGAGAUUAGUUUGAACAGUUAUGAAACAUAUCAAGUGUCUGCAUUUUCUAUUAAGUUGCCACACUUUUUGAAAUAUAUUCCAAAUGUUUGUACUGGAUUGUUAAACAUUGACUUGGGGUUUGAUCACUGUUGGUGCUAAUGAUAAUAAUAAUAAAUAAAAAAAAUAAAAUGUCAAAUCUAA